AUGCUCGAAACGGUCGUUGAAGUUGACGAGAAUGAGUAUUCGGCGAGGGACUCCGUCUCCACACGGGGGUCCGAGACGCGCAUGCUUGAGAGGGGAAUGGACGCACUCGCAGCAGCAGUACAAGCUUUCCACGAUGGUGAUUUGGGGCGACCACGCGAGAGCGACCGUAUCCGCACAGGAUCGAUCCCCAAGCCAAUUCAUAUGAGAUCUUCCAGACCGGCAAAUAUGGAACCUCAAGAUAGUACAGGCCGUCGAGGAUCAGUCGUCUCGCGACUGCCAUCGUCGGAGCAGGCAACUAUGGCCUGUGGAAGCACCUCAAAUCGCCUUCAACCCGACUCCAGCGAAUGCAAGCCUGGGAACAAUACCGAGCAGAAUGUCUCACAAUCAACGAGAUUUCGCAUGUGGGAGAAAAACCUUCUGGGCUCCCUGCGGCAGAUGCGACUUGACGAAGAGAAGCGCCUCGUCGACCGACGGGAAAGCUUGCAUAUCGAGAUCCCCGCCAGUCCCAGGUCUCCUAUCGGCCGUCGACUAUCAGAAUUGCAGACUCCACCGUUUCCGUCUCGUUCAAAUGGCGAAGAUCGUGGUUUGCAGGACGGCCACGGCGGAACCCCAUAUGCAAGAUGCGGAGCUUAUCAGCUUGUCUACGCCAACUCUGCCCUGCAGGACCUUCAUCAUCAGCUCGACGAUUCGAGGCGCUUCUUGGAUUCGAUGAUCAAGCUCAAAGUAAAGAGCUCCGGGCUUGAGGAGAAGAAAAAGCAGGCGACAAGCACCUCCGAGACAAUCGUGCGGAUGCUCAACCGGCUUGAGAAUGCAUGUGGAAGGAUUCUGCGUGAACAGGACCUAUUGGCAAAUGAGAUGGAAUCAAGAGCCCCUGACGAGAAGUGGAAGAACAUGCUCGACACCGUGAUGACUAUGGCCAAUGUCCUUCAAGUCGAGGGCAAAGUGGAAGAGGAAGUCUAG